CACGCCUUUGGGGAGCAUACUUGUUGUAAUGUUUCAUGGUGUGGUUUCAAGCAAAAUCCUGUAGCUUACAAACAUACAGACUUGCCAAAUGGCAAAGAUCUCUUCGGAGAUUCCCUAAAAAAAGCCUUGAGUGACAUUCUGGAUGAAUAUUCCACUGACGUUGUGGUGAAUAAACUUACCCCAUGUGCUAAUUCACAGAGAAAUGAAAGUCUUAAUAGCACCAUUGGUUCUAAGAACCCCAAAACUCAAUUUUAUGGAGGCAGUGAAAGUAAUGAUUUUCGAGUAGCAUGUGGGGUGGCACAAACCAAUAUUAGAUACAACUACAUUGGAAAAACAUGAGAGAUUCUUAAUAUUGAGCCAGGCUCUCUCUAUGAAAGACAUGCUAAAGCAAUGGACAAGAAGGUUUUUUUUAUGACGAACAGCGAAAAGAAAAAAAGGAAUUCAAGAGAAGGCGUAACCAGUUAUCUAAACAAAAAACCUCGCAAACACUCAGGCGGGAAGUCAGUGAAGGGGUCACCUAUGAGUCUUCAGCAGGUCUAAAUUUGGAUCCAACAAAUCAUCAAACAGUGUCACAAAAUGUAUUUGAAAUGCCUGCAGAAAUAUCACGAACUGAGCUAAAAGGAUAUGAAGAAAUAACACCACCCUACACUAUACCCUACACUAUAAGGCCAAAGACUGUGCACUUACAAUAUAAUUCAAACAGAAAUAUCAAUUCGUUAUCUUUGACACAGAAACGACUUACACAGGGAAGCUAGCCGAGAUAUGCCAACUGUCAGCUGUAAGUGAAAGUGGGAAACAUGAAUUCUCCACGUACAUUCUCCCAAAAAGCAACAUAAGUUACAGUGUCUACCUUGUCAAUGGUAUGACCAUCAAGACCAUAAAGGGAGUAAGGACAUUGUGCCAAGGAAACAUUCCUGUCGAAAGUAUAACCGUAGAGGAAGCAUUUCGUGACUUCCUGACUUUUAUAACUAAAGUCAAGUCUUCUGAGCAACAUGAAAAUCAAAUAACUGUUUUAAUUGGUCAUAAUUCGGCAACGUUCGAUGUUCCUAUUCUCCUAAGAAAUAGUGAUAAAAACUUCAAGGAUGGCAUUACUGACAUGAAUGUCUACUUUGCGGAUAGUCUACAUCUGAUGAAAAAACUGAUUAAAAACAAACACAAAGCACUUGAGCUCGAUUCUGGUGGAUACUGCAAACCAAACCAAAGCAGCAUUUAUAACCAUUUGUUCAAGGAACAAUUUGACGCCCAAGAUGCUUUAGAGGAUGUCAGGGCGAAAAUGAGAAAAAUUCUUUUUGAAUCGUCAUUAAGCCUCUCCAGGAAAAACAUCAUUGAGAAUUCCGGUGUCAUCAGUGCUCCCCACGCCUACCUAGAUCAACGCCACGAACUUCCUCUAACAUUCAGUGACAACUUGUUCAAGGUAACCGACAACGGACCAAUUAAAAGAUCAAUGGCACAAAAUAUCGCUGACAGUGGUCUCUCUUACGAUGACCUUCACAAGGUUUGGUAA